UGUUCGCUAUUGUUAUAGCGCGUCGUACAGCCAUCUUUGUCAAAUUACGAGAGAUUCAUUUCAAUAAUUCGGUUCAUGUUAACAAAUGGAACAAAACGCAAAUACUGUUAGCGACGCGUCGUGCGGCCGAGUCGAGCACUUUACUACAUUCUCUUUUGUUUUAUCGUUGACGCUCCGCUGAAUGGAAGCGUUACGACUUCAGCGUUAACGAUCAGUCGACCAUUAAAAUGAUGGAUGAUGUCGUUCUUUGCAAAAACUGUGUAAAGUGAUCGUUUUAAUAAAUAAUGUGAAGGGUGAUAGUGCUGUUUAUGUUUGGGUGUGCUUGUGAUGAAAACUGCGUCGUAAUUUGUUGUACACAUUGCAUAAAUGAGUGGAAUGGCGUUGUGGAGCGCGCGGGCCGGAGCAUGCGCGCCAGUAUCUUCGCGUUCGCUCGAAACGCACUGAGUGUCCUUCGUUUAUGUGCGUAUCAAAAUGGGAAGGUCCAGGUUCCCCGGGAAACCGCUAAAGUUCCAGAACAGAAAGCGUAUAAGUGUACUCUCGGGCACUGUUUACCAUGAGACUGCUCAAGAAAACCACCCAGCCGCCCGCAGCUCGGGCGGCAAUGAUUUUACUGGGGAGAAAGAGGAAGAAGAGAAGAAAGAAAGUAAUAAUGAGAAUGAGGAAAACUCUACCAGUGAGAAUAAAGUAACUGAAGAUACACAAAAGAACAAGAAGGAGCCUCCAGAAAACGGAGGCGACUUAUCAAAAUCACCAGUGCGAACUAGAUCCCAAAACAAAAUGGAGCCAUCUAAAAGUGAUAAACCUAAACCUGUGAAAAAGACUGUCACUUUUGGUACAGUGGAGAGCUGUGAAGAUAUAUUUCUACCACUUAAAAAAGUUCCCAUCAAACAUCAUGCACCUCUUGUAUCCAUCAUCAAGAAGAAAUCUUCAUUAAAACAAACAGAAUACUCCACAUUUAACAGCAUUCUCAAACCCGCAAAGCUGACAGAUCUAAGUUCAAAGUCAAGCAUUGAACAACAAGAAGGUUAUUUGAGAAAGAAUCUCAAUCCAUUAUCAAAACCGAUGAACAAAUUUUCACAAUUCAGUGAAAGUCGCUGUAUUUCACCGCCACCAAGAAAUAUUUCGCCUAUGGAUAGGGAAACCGGCAAUUCCAAGUUUGUUCUACCAGUCCGGAGUGCCCAUUCAUCGAGGGUUAUUAAACCUAACAAAAGAUUUAUUGAUGGUGAAGAACAGUCAACCAUAUCCAGUGCUUUAAGUUCUGGAAAAGUUCUUAAAAAGCCAAAACUAAAAAGGUUAGUCUUUAACAACCUUCAUGAUAAUGAUGAUUCACCUGAAGAAGAUGAUGCAGAGAAAAAUGAAAAUGAAAAGAAUAGAGACAAAAAUAUGCUAUCCUCAUCAAACUUAUUCAAAGACAAAACUACAAAUUCAUUCUCUAACAUCAACACUGGCAAUCGAAAGUCCUUACGUGAUCUAUUCUCAUUCGAAAAAGAUUCUGAGUACUCACCAGAUGAGAAUUCAAAUGUUGAGAAUUUGGAAAAAGCAAAAACAAAUGACCAUAAGGAAGAAAGGACGGGGCAUGCUAUGCGGAAAUUAAUGGAUAUAUCUGAUGCCAGUACCUCUCCUAGUACUAGCAGUGGCUCCGAGUCUGAGGACAGUUGGGAAAGUGAGAGCCCUGCUGGCAGUGGUGACGAGGAGGAAAGACCAGCUUCAUCAAGUCCCGAGAAAGACAAGUCUACCGCAUCACAACUACUAAGGGGCAAAGUUAUAAUUAGAGAAGCAAGGCUGCAAUUAAACACAACAACCCCAUCAAAUAUGGGCUUAGAUGGACCAUUCUCUACUGUUGCACCUGUGUCAUCACAAAACCCUCCUACCACUGUUACAUGUGGAGUAUGUGGUGCAGUCCGCUUCUAUAGAUUUGUCAAACAAGCACGCAAGUUUGGGAUAUACUCCUGUGAGUCAUGCCGCAAGUUUAUAUCUAAAAUGCUGAAGAAGGAAAAAUUGUCUCACAGGACUGGUCCUGUUGUAAUGCAGUGUCUCAAAGGAGAAGGUAACUGCCAUGUUCCCCCGAUUGUCCGAUCUCAACAAUGGAAGUUGCUACGCUGCACAAAUAAGACUCGUUGCCCAGCAUGCUGGUUGAAGAUGUGCUUGAAAGCCUUCCAAGUUCCACCAAAUAUCAGGGCGAGUUUGACAGCAAUGCUCCCACCGCACAUGAGGGCCGGUGCUAAGGCAUCUGUACCUAUAACACAAGCUAACCCGUUGCGGAUUGCAAGCAAUACUACACCUCAGCCAAUGUUCACUGCUCUUGCUACCACUGAGAAUGAAAACACCAAACUCUUUGGUACAUUGAAAGUAACAAAGAAGCCAUCAGAAGAGGUUGAAAAACAAGAGGAGAAAGUUCAGAAAGAAACUAAAGAAGCUGAGGAAGCGAAUGAAGACUUUAGUAACAACAGGAAACGUCGCCUCACAAGGGUGAAAGUGCGAAAGAAAGAUAAGAGUGAUGGCAAGCAAACAGAAGACCCUAAGAGGCAGAAAAUGGAACUGAAAGGUCCAAGAGUUAAGCAUGUAUGCCGAAGUGCCUCUAUAGUGCUGGGUCAACCGAUUGCAACAUUUCCCACUCAAGAAGAGAAGGAUAAACCAUCUUUGUCAUCCGAUGACGACAGUACUGCAUUACCUGUUGAUAAAGAAAAUGGCCUGCCUGAUAUAUCUGGUGGUGAAUCUGAAAUUGAUACAGAGAAUAAAACACAACAGAUAGUCCCAGAAGUUAUUAAUAAAGACCCUGAAACAGAAGUUGUAGAGUCUAAGAAGAGAAAGGUGGAAGUUCCCGUUGCUAAACCACAAACAAAAGUGGAAUCUAGUGAAGAUGAAACUGUUAUGGAUCUAGUCCCAAAAAAGACGAUACAGAAGCCAUUGUCAAAUAUCACAAAUAUUCGCGGCAGGUCACAGAAGUGUGGACAAAAUCGUCCGGAACUGAUUUGCGUUGAUUUCUGGGAGAGCUAUGAUCCCGAUGAAGUUUGCAGCACUGGAUUUGGUGUGAUUGGCACUGCACCAUUCACUGUGCCCAGGCUGUGUUUCUUGUGUGGCAGCGCUGGCAAUGAAAAGAUGUUGGUGUGCUCGAGCUGUUGCGAGUGGUACCACAGCUGGUGCGCGGAGGACGCGGGGCGCGGCGCGGGCGGCGGGGAGUGGACGUGCGCGCGCUGCGUGGCGUGCGCCGCGUGCUCGCGCUCCGCCGCGCGUCUGCGCUGCCGCUCCUGCGCGCGCCACCACCACGCCGCCUGCCUCGUGCCCGCGCCGCCCGACCACCGCAGCGACUGGCCUCAGAUAUGCAGCGCCUGUCUUAAAUGCAAGAGCUGCGACAGCAAUCGCGUCAACAAGUUCGUCGGCAGCUUGCCGUUCUGUCGACCCUGCUUCAAGCUGCGCCAGAAGGGCAACUACUGCCCGCUCUGCCAAGCCUGCUACAGGGAUAACGACUUUGACAGCAAGAUGAUGGAGUGCGGCUGGUGCGCACGAUGGGUGCACGCGAGUUGCGAAGGUUUGUCCGGAGAAGGAUACCAGCUGCUGUCAGCUCUGCCGCCGUCGAUAGAGUACAUUUGCUGCAAGUGUAUGCCGCACGAUCCGCCUUGGAGGAAAAUGCUUACAGAACACCUAAAAACCAAGCUACUACACCUCCUUAAGCAACUUGCUAAAAAUAAAAAGGCGUGCGCUCUGCUAAAACUUACACCGCACAAGAAUACUCCAGUGCCCAACAAACCCUACCGUCUUAUGUCGCCUCAGGCGAUACGUAAGUUACAUUUCGAUACUGGAGAUGAAUCUAUGAAGACUACAGAGACAAAAGUAUACAGAAAUAUGGCGAGAGGACGGCGCAAUAAUCCGUCGCAAAACAAAUUUGACGAUACCAACGCCUCGCAAAAUGUAUGGCACUGCUCAUCGUUGUUUACCGAUGUAGAAAUGGAGAAAGAGGAUAUGCCCCAUACAUCACACAAAGUGGUCAAUCUGCAAGAACCACUGAUGCAGAAUAAAGAGAUUUGCUUCUCGACUGGUCUGUAUAACAAUAAAACCGAAUUUACGGCAUCCUGUGUGGAAGUGCAUGAUAAUUAUCCACCUCAAGUGAAGACGGAAAAGGCCAUGGCCAUGUUGCCGACUUCAAUACAUGAUGAUAAAUAUGAAGCGAUCUCUGAUGAUGACGAACCCGUUAAUACCUUCCCUCAAGAUCGAAGCGAACAAGACCUCAGUCCCGCGUUGAUACGACAACCAGAUUUACUGAACGAAGAUGCGUCAGAAAAUGAUCUCAGUAGAUUAAUCUCCCCAUCUUUACUUGAUAUCAAGAGAAGAGUGAAUAGCGAUGAAUACAUCUCAUUAAAAGAUUUCAAUCAUGAUAUGAAAGAUGUAAUUGUACGAACAUCCAAUGAUGACCUUCAAACGAUAUAUAAAGAAUUAUUCUUCGAGACAUUCCCAUGGUUUGAUUGUGAUAAUAAUUGCCUCCAACCUAAUUUGGAAGUCGAAGGUGAACAAGAUGAUACUGAAUCUCUUAAAGACCAUGAGAUGUCGGAUAAUAAAGGCGUGAAUACAAAAGAGCAGUCGGUUGAGAAGCCACUAGACCAGAUUGUGCCCAAGUUAGAAUCUGAAGGAAUGAAUGCAGAGGAGGAUCUAUUGGAGUUUUACCCAAUAGUAGAUUCACGAACUUGUGUCCUGUGUAAAGUUGUAGGCGACGGCUCACCCGCGAUGGAAGGUCGUUUGUUAUACUGCGGUCAAAACGAUUGGAUUCACGCGAAUUGCGCUCUUUGGUCAGCAGAAGUUUUUGAAGAAAUCGAUGGAUCUCUGCAGAAUGUUCAUUCUGCAAUUUCAAGAGGCAAAAUGAUCAAAUGUGCUUCUUGUGAAGUGAAAGGAGCCAGUGUUGGAUGUUGCGCCAAAAAUUGUAGCGAAACAUACCAUUAUUCUUGCGCAAGGAAGGACAGUUGUGCUUUUAUGGACGAUAAGAGAGUAUUCUGUCCCACUCACGGGAAAGAUAUCCCUAAGAAAAGUUUGCAAAAAGAUGCCGACUUUGAAUUAACUAGACCUGUGUAUGUGGAGCUAGAUAAGAAAAAGAAAAGAUACAGUGAGAUAAGUAAAGUACAGUUUCUAAUGGGUUCUUUAACGGUACAUAGUCUUGGCAAAAUUGUUCCAUCUGUGUCUGAUUAUGAAGAAUUUCUGAUGCCGGUAGACUUCUCAUGCUCACGUCUAUUUUGGUCUUGCAAAAAACCAUCAAAGAUAGUAAGAUAUACGAUAAAAACUAAAUUGAUCCUUGCCGAACCAUUGCCGGGUUAUGACUUUGGUGUAAACAUAACUGUUGAUCACACAAUGGAUGUCCAAAUCGUCGAAAGAGCGAUUGCGGAAAUUGGCGCUUGGCAUCAAAGCCUAGAAACAAGAUCGAAAACUGUUCUUAUGUUGAAGAAAGAUAAGUCACCAAUUAAGUUUGGCAAUUCGGUGACUUUAGAAGAUUUGGCUGUAAAGCAAGUUAUUGAACAUCUUUUGGACAAUGUGUGCAAACAAGAACAACAAGAUGAAGAAGAGCCCCAAAACACGGCAGACCUUUUGCCGCCAGAAGUGAAAGACGCUAUUUUUGAAGAUCUAAAUCAUGAUCUUUUAGAUGGAAUUUCAAUGCAAGACAUAUUCCCGAAACUUAUGUCAUACGAAGAUCUCGUUGCAAUGGAUCUAAAGAAUGAAUUUUACGGCGCAAUGAGUCAAUCAGACGAUAAAAGUGAUUCGCGUUCGACAGACUUUAUUGAUGAACUUUUAAAUGCGCGACUAGAAUCAGGCAAUAAGGAGUUAAAGAGAAGCAAAUCUGAGAUGCUUUUGCAAAAUCAUAAUCUCAAAAGUCUAACAACCGGUCGGGGCCAGCAAAGAUCGACUAGUUUGACGUGGAACAAUAAAUUCGACACGAGCUUGUUAUCGUCAACUAUAAAAAGAUGCAAAAUAGGAAAAUCUUCGACGGUUACUGGAAAACUAAGUCCAGUUCAAAGAGUUGCGUUAACAGAGAGUACGUUAGAACCGAUCAAGGAAAGUGAAGGAAGCAGUAACAUUGAUAAGAAAAAUAAACUUGAAAACGUUGCAAAUACAAGUAACAUCUGUGAAGAGGCACCACAUACAUCUGGUGUCAACUAUCGCGCAAUAGCAACAACUCCUAAACCAAAAGACGACAAUUCUAAUGAUAAAACUGACAAAUCUGAAGGAUAUUACCCAGAUGUGAUUGAUUUCUAUACUAAAAUACAGUGUAGCCCAAUAUCGCAAUUAGACGGUGCCGCGGAUUGGUCUGGCUCUGAAAGUACUUGCAGUUCGCGACCAAGUAGCCCUAGGGAUGAAGAUUUUACGCCCAUCCAGCAACUCGAUGGGGCAGAAGAUCAUACCGGCAAUGAUAAUAUGCAAAGGAAUCAUUCCAAUCAAUUCCUGUAUAGAGCAAGUGGAACCGAAAGUACAUAUACUGUCACUAUUGCCGGCAACGCUAUAAGCGGACAACCAGAACUAGUCAUGAGGCCGUUAGACGACAAUUCAGGAGCAUCCGGUCAGCUCGAGCAACUUGUUAGAUGUGACCGAUGUCAAUGUACGUAUAGAAAUAAAGAAUCAUACGAUAGACAUGUGCCAUCAUGUGACAUGAUAUCAACUAGCGAAAGUGAGAGUGAAAAUCCUAAAUCUCCCGAAAAUAGAACUUUGACAACCUUACAAAAUGCUUUCCAAGGUGCAUUCGCUCAACCGAUGAUAAUACAUGCUGGAGUUGUUAGUGGAACUGAGAACUCUGUUAAAGCUGAAGGUAUAUCGGCGCGAAGGACUUCAAUUAACACGAGGCAAAUUACAAUUAAUGGAACGAUUGUGGAAACACCUUCUCCUGGUCCGACGAAUGAAAUGACAAUGACGAUUACAGAGCAAAUGAAGUCGGGCACCGUUAUAUUUGAUCAAAGCAAAACUACUAAUGUUCAAGUAUCUGCAAACCAACAAGUGCUAUCAUCGCCACAGAUCGUCGUUACACCGCAAAUGUUAUUGCCCCCUAAAACUAGCACAACAGGUGGACAGAAAAUGAUGACUCCCCAAAUAAUAACGCAACCAGGACUUCUGCCUUACAAUAUUUGCGUUAAACCUGGAAAUGGAAAUGCAAAUAUACAACAAAUUCAAGGAAGCGCGGACAUGACGCAACUUUUAUCGGGCGCAGGAGGAAUCCAAGUUAUAUCAUCCAAUUCAAAUCAAGUGUUGACAAUCCCCUCGAACCAAACUGGAAAUAUUACACCCAUUAUCCAGGGCAAAAAUCAAGUAACAAAUUUCCCGAACAUGGCGAGUGCGUCGUCGAUAGCACUACCGGUGAAUUCUAUUCAAGGCAUGCCAAACUCAUCAAUCAUACAGAAUAUUCAGCCUAUGAUCAGGCCACAAAUACAAGGAAACCCUACUAUUGUUGUUCCGGCGAUGACAGCCCAAAGAUUAACAUCCCCUAAUUCACAAAAACAACAGAUUAUUCUUCCUGGAACACCCCAAAAGUCACCGAAAAAACAACCACCUCAUGUUCAACCGAAACCUAUUUUCCAUGCUGCUAAUCGUGGAAGAGGACGCCCGAUGCCAAAGCCGACUACGAUAAAGAGGCAAACCAAAUUGGAAAAAACAUUCACCACAAUCAACCAAUCGCCACUCGGACCUGGCAAUACCGUUAUACAACUUCAAACAAACAACCAGACAGGACAACCAUCAAUAAUAGUACAGCCCGUGGCUAAUCAGAAUAUUAUGUCUGCUUAUGUUGAGGCAUUGUCACAGCAACAGAACCAGAAUAUGCAGUAUAUUGCAACCAUAGCACCACAAAAUGAUUUUAAAACAGCACCGACACAGUUUAUAUCACAAGGUGGACUUAUGCCACAAACAUUUCAAAUACAGCAAACUGAAAAUGGUGGCUUAGUCGCCGUACCGAGCGGCGGUAUUCCAGUGUUACUACCUCAGGGAAAUGUCGGUAUUUUGCCACAAACAAUACAACAAGGCGCUACAAUCCUUCCUCAAGGCACAAUACAAGCUCAAGGCAUUAUUUCUCAAGGUCCCAAUGGACACACAAUCCUGCCUCAAGCAAUACAUACCCAAAAUGGUACAACUAUUAUACCGCAAGGCACAAUUCAAGGCUUAGCGCCAGGGACAAUAACAUCGCAAACUGCUACGCUUCUGCCAAAUAACACCUUACAGACCGCAGGAGCUACGGUCGUGCCUCAAAGUGGUAUUGGAAAUGGACAGACUACUAUAAUACCAAAUGGGGCCUUGCCAUCACAAGGCAAUACGUUGAUUUCUUCGACACCAGGAGCUACAAUAAUACCACAAGGGACAUUGCUGCCACAGUUUUGUAAUGAUCAAGUGUUACUAGGUUCCACGCCUACUUUGGAAAUGGUUACUGACCCCUCAGGCUGUAUGUAUCUUACGACAACACAGCCUGUUUAUUACGGUUUAGAAACAAUCGUUCAAAAUACAGUUAUGUCAUCUCAGCAAUUUGUGUCCACGGCUAUGCAAGGUGUUUUAGCUCAAAACAGUAGUUUUUCGGCGACCACAACUCAAGUGUUCCAAGCUAGUAAGAUAGAACCUAUAGUUGAAGUGCCCACUGGUUAUGUGGUUGUAAACAAUGUUGGCGAAAGUGUAUCUUCGCAAGCCGCUUCUUCUACACCUAACGUGGUAACGGCACAUACAGUACAAUCGACGCCACAAACAUUGAAGACGGUUAAGACAAGUGUUCCGAAUAUAACAUUACAACCAUUACCCGAUAAACAAUCGAACAACAAUAAUCGACAAACACCAAAAGUGAUACAAAUGAGCGCUGCACCAAUAACCGUUGGUUCACAAUCUGGUAUUGGUAACUUAAUGACUGGACGGCAAAGCGUCAACCCGAUUACAUCUCAGAUACAUGGGAUGUCAAUAUCGAAUUCUGUACAGAAUAUGCAGAAGACCAAUAUGUCUAAACCAAACAAUAUAACAAUGUCUCCGAAUGUAACUUUAGUAUCGUCAACGGGUCAACCAUUAAUGGCUAUUUCUCAAUCUAUACCAAACUCGGGGUCAUCGUUUUCCAUGCAAUCAAUUCCGUUAUCUCAACCAAUAGUGUCAAGUUCAAUUGCUCCAUCCUCUAAUAAAAACAACAUAAAAAUCGAAAACUCCCAUGUAAUUGAAAUAAGUGGCAAUUUACAAGAUAAUUCCAACUGCACAAGCUUACCUACAAUAAGCGUUACACAAAGUAUAAAAUCACCUACACCUUGGAGAUUAAACCAAAAUAACAAUGACAACAAAAUAGAAUUGCAAAAUAUUUCAUUAAAAUCGAAUCACACCACAAACAACUCUGGAAUUAAUGUUCAGAAUAAUUUAUCUGGCCGUCAUAUUUCGCACAACGAACCCGAUAAGAUUAAUCAAAACUGUAUGAUGUCGAUACAAAAUAAUGGAAACGCAAUAUCUUCAGGAAACUUACAUUCCCAUCAAUUUGAGUCCAGCCUCAACGUAAGCCAUCAUUCUUCAAGUCACACGACUUCGAACAACGUAAUUCAGAUAACAGCUGGUAAUAUUUAUCCUCCUUCAUCAGUGAUGAACAGUAAUUUUAAUGCAGACACUACUAUGAAACUCAGCAAGAUUAACGCUCUUUCAAAAACAGAAGAUGGGCACUUGAAUUUCAAUCAAGAAAUCAUGGCUUCACAUUCGCAACAACAUUCUCACAACGAUAAAGCUUUUCAAAAUAUUGGGAACAAUGACAAGCAUAAUUCUGAAGGCAUUAAUAAUCAAAUGAAUAUUCAUAAGUUAAGCAGUUGCCAAGUUGCAGGAAAUAUGGGCAAUUCGCCGUCCAUCAGUAUUAUUCCUCACGUGAUUCGUCCUCAAAUGCAAAACAAUCAAAAUCCGAUGUCAGUGUCGAACAAUGGAAAUCAAAUGUGUUCGAUAUCUAAUAACUCUCAUGGGCAAGUUCAGAUUUUAAAUUCUGCGAGCAAUUCUAUGCAAAACAUUAAUAUGUCUUGCCAGGAGGCUGCAAACAACAGAAUGAACAAUUCUGUGUCAUGCGAUAGUAACAUGCAUCAUACUAAUCAGCAACACGACAUUUCCAAUUCAAUGCUCAGUAACUCAAAUUUAAAUCAUGGAAACAUGACAAUGAUGUCUCAUGAUAACAACCAACAUCCACCCUCGAACCAAAUUCAUAUAAUGAAUGGUCAAAUUCAACAUAAUCGGCAACUAGAAAAUAACCAAAUGCAAGCUAUGAAUCAAGGAUCAUCUAACAGAAGUUUUCAUGACAAUAUAAUUGGAACACAGCAAAGUCACAAUCAAAAUAUGUUGUCAAACCGAAGCACACCAGAUAAUAAUAACUUAAUGAAUCAAUCUAUAAAUAUGCAUAAUAUAUCCAACAGUCACAGCAUGAACCGAUCGGAAUUAAAUGACUUAAACCACUUACAUAUGAAUCAAACAUUAACCAAUAUGAAUAACAUGCAAAACAAUAGGAUGAUGAUGGAUAAUAUGCAAUCACAUGCAAUUAAUAAUAUGAACCAUCAAAUGCACUCAAACAGACCUAUGGAUAACAUGCAUAAUCAACAAAUGCAUUCGAUGCAACAAAUGAGUCACCAUAUGAACAGUUCCAGCAGACAACAAAUGGAUAAUAACAUGCAUAUGAAUCAACAAAACAUGAAUAUGCAACAAAAUAGACAAAUUGACAAUAUGCACCAUCACCAGCAUCCUAUGUCUAAUGUGAUGCAAAUUCAAAAUAAUCGGCAACAUAUUGACAGUAACAUGAUGAAUAUGCAUCAACAUGUAACUAAUCAAAUGCAUAAUCGACAGCAAAUGGAUAAUAGUAUGGGUAUGCAUCACAUGUCUGGUAAUACGCCUAGCAUGAAUUUAGGUAAUAAUAUGGAUAAUACAACUAGCCUCCAAGGCAUGCAUACCAACAGACAUGACAAUGGUUCCAUGACUAUGCAAAAUCUCAACGCAAUGAAUCAAAUACAAAAUAAUAGGAACUCGAUGGAGCACUCUAGUCUCAUGCAGCAUCAUAUCAAUAACAUGAACUCUAUCAAUAAUAUGAAUAUGCAUAACAAUAUCAAUAAUUCAAUGCAGAUCACAAACUCAAACCAUCAAUCAAUGUCAAAUUCGUUGAUGCAUGGCCCAAACAUUCCAGAUAUCAAAAAUGACAUGCAGAAUUCAUGCAGCGGCAGCUGCUCUAAUAAUUCACAACAAUUUACCAACAGUCAAUCCUCAUUUGAAAUGUGUUCCAAUAUUAACUCCAGUAAUAAUUUAAACAUGGGCAGUGGUAAUAUGAUUCACGGUAUGAAUGUCAACAAUUCAAAUCUUUCAAACAAUAUGAUGAUGAGUUCGACAAAUAAUAGUAUGUAUGGCGCUAAUACUCAGAAUAACCUAACAGGCCAUGAUAUGCUGAUGAACUGUAACAACAGCAAUGACCACAGCGUUAACAAUUUGAUGUCGGGAAAUAAUAAUCAUAUGAUCAUGAAUAACUCCCAGCCUCACUCUACUGCUACUCAACAUUUAGGGAGUCAAGUUCCCAACAACACUCAAAUCAAUAUAAGUAGCUGCAGUUUGAGUAGUAACAACAGUACACAAAAUAUAAACAACAUGGAGAAUCCAAUAAAUAGACCAAAUGUAAAUGAAACACCUAAAUUCCAACAAGAACCUAUCAGGGGGAAAAAUAUAAUGGGUCCUCCUCCGAAUCCCAAUGUACCUCAUAACAACAUAAGCAAUGAUUGCGCAAAGGUUAAUAUUGUCUCUAAUGACAAACAAAAUCACGCAAUAUCUGUUAACAACCAAUUGGGAUAUAUGCAGAUGAAUUCACAAAACAAUAGAGUUAUUAAUCUUCCAGAAAGGAACAGAUUGAAUAAUACUAACAUUGAAAACAAUAUCAAUACACAUGUGCCCCAACAACACAAUAUACGUGUUGUAACAAAUAAUAGUAACAGCAAUGUAGGUGGUAUUGCCGCUGAGCCAAGUCUAGGCUUCCAACAGAAAACUGAAAAUAAUAGCACAAUGAUUAAUGUUCCUUUCCAAGCAAUACCUAACAGUGCACCCAUGAAUAUUAAUGUAAAUUCUAGCAACAAUACUGUUAAUAUUACAGUCCAAAACAACCUUGUUGACCCAAAAAUUGCUUCUAAAGCUGCAGCGGAUAUCAGUUUUCCGCUUCAAUCAAACAGCAAUUUGUUACAGACUCAGAAUAGUAGUAAUAGUAACAUGAUUUGUAUACCUGUCCAACAAAAUAGUACAAUUAGUUUGCCAUCUCAAAACAGUACUAGUAUUACAUUGCCCAAAGCGCCACCUACUCAACAAUCUGGAAUACCGACCAAUGUUGUAAAUCCUAUGUCUAUGAGACCAAUGAAUAGAGUUCUACCAUUGCACAGAGACGGUCAGAGUAAAUCGUCAAAAGCCGCCGGUACCAGUAAAACUCCAUCUGUUCCCAAACAUAGGCCGGCCACUCAGGUGAGCCAAGAUAUGCCAGAUUUAAGUGUAAAAGAAGAGACCAUAGACAGUGAUUUAGAAAAAGCUAUCGAAGAAUCUAAACGGAUGCUCGAAUUAGAGAGAGCGAAGCGAGAAAAAGAAGAAAGAGAUGCGGCACGAGCUAUACAAGUGUCUACGAAGAUGAAUCAAGCUACUACAAGUGGAACAUCGAGUGCGUCAGAUAUUAGGAAUAACGAACCUAUUGUAACGGUUGGUCAAAUGGCAUCAUUACCCAGUUUAGAUUCAGACAUGGAUGUGGAACCCCCCAAAGUGUUGACCGAAAAGGAUACAAAUCGAUCUUUACAAUCCAAAAUGACAAAUGCUCCUACUAAACUAAUGAAGAGACCGUUAAACGAUAAGAAAACUGAAAGCGAAACAACUGUUACCAAGAAACAGAAUAAACUUACAAAGGGUCAAGAGAACAAAACAGCGCAGCCGAAGCAAGCACCUGACCCGCCCAAAGACGACGGGCCUAAAUUAAUUUACGAAGUGACAUCCGAAGACGGAUUUAGUUAUUCUUCCGCAUCACUAACUGAUCUCUGGUCUAAAGUGAUUGAGGCUGUGCAAAACGCACGAAAACAAUCCGGUAUGCCGCUCAUACAGUACAAUCUUCCUUCCACAUUAUCCGGCGCUCAUCUUCUUGGACUAAACAACAAUGCCUUAAGAUAUCUGAUCGAACAGUUACCUGGAGCAAGUCGUUGUACGAAAUACAAGAUCCGCCAAGGUCGUCCACUAAGCAGUUGGGAUAACAAUCUAGACCUGAGCGAGGGCUUCAAAGAGAGCCCAUGGGGUAGCGCUCGCACCGGCCCCGUCGCCCGCAAACAGAACCAUGAUAUGUUCAGCUGGAUGGCCUCGCCCUUCAGGGAGGAACCACCGCCCUUUGGAGGACAGGAAAGCGAGAGUUUGAUUUCAAGACGGCUGGCGACACUGCCCCCGGCGAUGCGGUUCAGACAACUCAAAGAGACGUCGAAAGCUUCGGUCGGUGUAUACAGGUCGCAUAUUCACGGACGUGGCUUGUUCUGCAAACGAGAUAUUGAAGAAGGUGACAUGGUAAUAGAGUACGCGGGCGAAGUUAUCCGUGCGGUGUUGGCGGACCAGCGCGAGAAGCGGUACGAGGCGACGAGCGGCCGGCGCGGCGUCGGCGGCUGCUACAUGUUCCGCAUCGACGACAACCUCGUCGUCGAUGCCACCCUCAAGGGCAACGCAGCGAGGUUCAUCAACCACUCGUGCGACCCUAAUUGCUAUUCCCGUGUCGUGGAUAUCCAUGGCCACAAGCAUAUUCUCAUUUUCGCGCUGCGGCGCAUCACAGUCGGCGAGGAGUUGACCUACGACUACAAAUUCCCAUUCGAAGAGGUCAAAAUUCCGUGCACGUGCGGUGCCAAGAAGUGCAGGAAGUACCUUAACUAAACAAGUGAAAUAACAGUGUGUGUGUCAAUUAACGCCUCAAUUAGGCGAGUGUUAAUAAAAACAAGUACAGAAAACUAGCAUAGCAUUACAAUGAAUUGUCUGUGUAGUGUGUCUAGUUUAUUUUUCGCGACGUAUGAGCUAUAGCUCUUUAUUACAGGCUUUAUUCGGUAGCAUAAUUGAAUAAGUACAUAAUGGAUUUAGAAAUAACAUUUUAAAAAACAGAUUAAUGGUUUAGACCCGAGAAGACAGUGUUGUAAUGGAUCUCCUUGUAAUGGAUUUUGUGAGGAAUGUGCAGUUAGAAAUACUGGGUCGAGCACAAUUUUUAAAUGUAAAUAUGUAUUGUAAGACAAUAAGUCAAAUUCACAUAUCUCUUUCCCACCUUUUUAGUCUUGACAUAUUCAGUGCCACACUUGGACAUGCGUUUCCAUGAAUCUUAUUAUGAUCUCUUUUAUUUUGAAUCUACCCAGUGUUUGGAAUUGUUGGAUCAUGUAUAUUAUAUUGAUUUAUACUUAAAAAUAUAUCCUUAUUUUGUGAUAAGUUUUUUAUAUGUAUACAUUGUGUAAAUAUUUUAGUUUCCCCUUUACGUACGAUUAUUAAGGUUUCGGCAAAGUAUAGUGUUUACACUGGAAGUGGAUGUGAUAUGUUGGGCCCGGCUCGGGCGGGAAGGGUUAGUGUUAUGGUACAAUGUCAUUUGUUCCUCAUUAUGUUUUUACAUUUCAUAAUUUGUGAUUGUUUAAGUCUCGACUUGUACAUAAGUUUUAACACGCAAGUAGUACAUUCGUGAAGAGAUUAGGCAAGUCGCAAGUACAAUGUUACAUUUUUUUUAUUAAUUCUAACGUGUAAUGUAUAGCGAAUUUGUAAAUAAGAGGAAUUAUCUGUCAUAAUAAUUUUAUUUAAGCGACAAAUCGUUUUAUUGUAGUCAUAGUGUUAAGUUGUAUUUUAUAAGCGUUAAUGUACUGUAUAUAAGUUAUUAGGUGUGCGGGAUGAGAUGGGAUAUGUUAAAAUCGAUGGAAUGCUCAUAAAAACAGAAACGGCUCCCAGUCAGGUAUAGUUUAAAGAGAAAAUGCACAUUUGUUAGCUUUAAUGUAUUUUCAGCACAGCUUGGGUUUUGAAACACAUUUUACUUUAUUGUUUUUUUUUGGUUAUAUGUGUGUUAAUUGAUGAACCAAACUUAAUAGUAUUUUUAAGCAUCACAGUUUAUCAUCACAGUAAUAAUAAAAGUUUUGUUACAUCACAUGAGAGCCAAUAAGUGUAGAUGUGAUACCGAAUGGUAAUAGUCUUAUAUUAGUUUGAAUUAUCUACUGCAUCUUACAAUAGCAGUAUUAAUGUAAUGUCGUUCCCAAUAUUUUAUAUAAACGGUCUAUAGCAGAAUAUACAUAUAGAAGUAGUUCCCAAAUCAAUCUUUUACAUUAUACAUAAUCAAUAUCAAUUAUAUAUAAACAUUUAUAUUUUAAUGUUAAUGACAUAAUACUUGUUU